UUAAUUUUUAUUUUUUUUAUUUUGAUUAUUUACAUCCAACAUAUCGAGUUGUUUUGUUGUCCCUUCAUUUAAUUUCUGUUUUUAUUCAAAUUAUUCGACCAUUUCUUGGUUAUUUGGGGAAUUUAAAAGAAAAAAUGCCAGAAUUGUCCGGUUUUUGGAUUUUAACAGCUCUUCUACAUAUACCUUCACAACUAUUUUUGGGUCUAAAUCCAGAUAUUUGGCAAUUACCUUUAGAAAAAUACACAAUUUUAUUAGAAAUUAUUUUUUCUUUUAUUGAGGUAAGAAAAAAAUAAUUUUAAAUUUAAAAAAAAAGUUGUUUACUUCAACUAUUUUACUUCGUAAAUUAUCUCAACUUCAAAUUGAAAGAUUUAAAAGAGCAGCAACUUUAGCCAUUCAAAAUGAACAAAAAUUGGAAGAAAAACAAAAUGAAAAUAAAGAAAAAUAUUAAAAAUAUUUUUAAUUUACUUAAUUAUAUUUUGUGGAUAUUUUUAAUAAAAUUUCAGUUAAAAUAAUACAGACUGAGAAUACCAAAUACAUAUUUAUGUACAAUUUCUGGUAAAACCAAUCGAAUUAUUACACCCUCCUCACCCCCCCCCCCAUUUACUCGUUUUCUCCAUUCUCGAUAAUAUUAAUGAGGUACAUAGUUUUAAUCAGGGGUCGAUCGGAAUUCCAAUUUGUGGCACUUUCUUCAUUUCCGAUCGACCUUUGGUUGCAAUAAAAAAAAUUUAAAAUAAAUUAUUUACAAAUUAAUUAUUUAAACUUUGGGAAGUAAAAUUUUAUUUUUUAUUUAUGUAGACAAAUAAAAUAAUUUUUUAAAAGAAACAACUGUCGGCUGUCCUUUUUUCAAUAAAAUCCGGUCAUUUAAAGAAAAAUAAAAAGAGUUUUAAAAAAUCUUUUCCUCCUCAUCUGCUUUUUACUUUUUCUUCCAAAUCACUUUUUGCUAUAAUAAUCCACAAAAUAGUUUUUAUGGAUUUUUGAAUGAUUUUCUUCAUUUUUUUAGUUUUUUUUAAAGAAAUGAGUUUUCGAAAUCGGCGUAAAAGUUCUGGGCCAAGUUCUAAUUUUAUGUCAAUUCGACGCCGUUCAAGUGCAACACAAAGAGAUUUUGAAAUUUUGAUGUUUCAAAAAAAACAAAGAUUUCCUGAUUGGUUAUUGAUAAUUAUAAUGCUUGGAGGGCCUGUUUGUUUAAUUCUUUUUAGUUUAGAAAUAUCAUCAAAUAAUUAUAAUAUUGAGUUAUUUUCACUUUCUGGGCCUUUAAUUGUUUUAUUAGUUUCUCAACUUCAACUUUUCUUUUUAUGGCAUAUCCCAGCAAAAGAAUUAAUUCAACUUACCGAAGAAGAUCCCCCACAACCAAUUAAACAUAAAAAUACUUCUUUCGAAUCUUGUAUUUUAAUUUGUUUAAUUUAUUUGUUUGGGGCUCUUUUAAAUUUAUAUCCAGGAGAAUUAGUAUUUAUUCAUUGGACAUCAAUUUUGGCUUCUUUAAGCAUUUUUUGUGUUUUACUUUUAUUAUUAAUUUUUCUUUUUCUUCCAUCCCAAGAAGAUCAACGUUUUGAUUUUUCUGUAAUUUCACAAAUAUUUUAUGGUCGCCAACUUCGACCUGUUUUGUUAACUGUUGAUUUAAAAGCUUUUAUUACUUGUAGAAUUGGGUUUACAUUUUGGGCAUUAUAUUUAAUUUCUUCAAUUUUUGAAUAUCAAAAACUUUAUCCAAAUGAAAAACCUUCAUGUUAG